AUGACAGCAACAACUCAAUACUGCAACCAAGAUGGUAAAGAAGACUUCGGCGACUUUGUGCGCAAUGAAGACGAGGAAAUGGACCUAGAAGAGGACAAAUAUGAUAGAAAUAACACCCUAGAUGUCUUCUAUCCCAUCCGCCUCGGAGACCUGAUCAAUGAGAGAUACCUGGUAGAGCAUAAGCUUGGAUCCGGCGGUUUCUCGACUGUCUGGAUGGCCCAUGACCGCCAAAAUAACAGAGACGUUGCCCUUAAGAUUAUGUUCGUUGGAGAAUCAGGUGAAAAGGAAAUCCGCCUACAGGACGAAAUCGUUCGGAAUAUACGUGAUGCCUCUCAUUUUGUGACGUAUCUGGAAACCUUUCUACUUCCGGGAGAUGGAUGUCACCAUACGGUUCAAGUAUUUCCCUUGAUAGGCCCAUGUCUUUACGGUCCGGACGUGAUAAAAAUGUCUAUGACUACUCGCAUGUCCGCAGCUCGGCAAUUGCUAGAGGCGUUGGAGAAUUUACACGAGGCUGGAAUUGUCCACCGUGAUUUGAAUGAGAGAAAUUGUAUGUGGGGAAUAGAACCCCUCGACCAUCUGCCUAGGAGUGCUAAAUACGAGGCACUGGGUCGGCCAUUGAAGCAAAUGAUACCAGUGGACAAUCUCUGGAAGCAAGGAGAGCUCGUUGGACCUGUUAAAAUCCCCCCAAGCUUACACACAAAGAAAUUCCAUCUCGGUGACUUUGAAAGUCACCCCGUGACUCCACGUGGCUAUCCACCAUUGCAAUAUUGCUCCCCGGACCGCCUGCAUAGAAAGGACCCCAGUCCUGCCUGCGACAUAUGGAGUUACAUGAUCCCCUUUUCGGAACUUUACCUUGGCCACUUGCCUUUUUCUCCUGUUUUCAAUGGUGGAAUUAUUGGUGGUUUCGUGAUGUCUUUAGGUCCUCUGCCCGAGGAGUGGAAGGGUCUAUAUACUCACCCUGGAGGCCGUGAUGACUGGUAUGACCAAAACCAAACUCCCGAUCCCACAUGGACUCUUGAGUCAAGAAUUGCAAAUUUUCGUCCCGACGCCGACCCAAUGGAGCGAAGCCAUGUGCUUUCCAUUAUGUCUCGUGUAUUCACUUACAACCCGGCGAAGCGUCUGACCGCAACUCAGCUUCUGCGAGAUCCUUCUUUUAGAGCUAUCAUGGAAAAUCAUGGUUGUUGA